AUACCCCUCCCCGGCCGGGCGAGCCGGCGGACGCGGACAGAGAGCCGCCCGAGGUGAGGCGACCCGGCCGACCCGACGGGGCGGGCGCCGCAGGUGCUUCUGACUCCGGGGUCCCCGCAGGCCCCGGGACGCCGCGGCUCGGCUGCAGGCCGGGGACAGGUGCCCAGGCGCGGGGCACCGGGAGUUCAGGGGAGCCCCCCACCCACACCGGUGCCUGGAGCUGCGGAUGGAAGGAAACAGCUUCCCGCAAAAGGGUGAAAAUAAUGGAAUGAGGAGGCAUUUGAACGUUUUUUUAUCUCUGAAUGAGAAUCUUCUGAUGAUGAGAGGGGUUUAAGGUUAACCCCAGCCAUGCGGUAAAAUCGGAAGUCUGAAGAAAAUGGAAAUGGCCCCAUUUCUGUUGCUGUGCCUUUUUCUACCCUCGGUAAGAGGACACAGCCUCUUCACCUGCGAGCCGAUCACGGUCCCCAGAUGUAUGAAAAUGGCUUACAACAUGACCUUCUUCCCCAACCUGAUGGGUCACUACGACCAGGGGGCUGCUGCUGUGGAGAUGGAGCACUUUCUGCCUGUCGCGAACCUGGAGUGCUCACCAAACGUUGAACUAUUCCUUUGCCAAGCUUUCGUACCAACGUGCACAGAGCAAAUCCAUGUGGUUCCACCGUGUCGUAAAUUAUGUGAGAAAGUGUAUUCUGAUUGCAAAAGCUUAAUUGACACUUUUGGGAUCCGGUGGCCGGAAGAACUUGAAUGUAACAGGCUGCCACCCUGUGAUGACGCUGCUCCCGUGACUCCCGAUCCUCACACAGAGCUCUCUGGUCCUCAGAGGAAAACAGAACAAGUCCCAAGAGACAUUGGCUUCUGGUGUCCAAAGCAUCUUAAGGCUUCGGGAGAACAAGGCUAUAAGUUUCUGGGAAUUGACCAGUGUGCCCCUCCCUGCCCCAACAUGUAUUUUAAAAGUGAUGAGCUGGACUUUGCCAAGAGCUUCAUAGGAAUCGUUUCAAUCUUCUGUCUUUGUGCGACUCUGUUCACAUUCCUCACGUUUCUAAUUGACGUCCGGCGGUUCCGAUACCCCGAGAGACCAAUCAUCUACUACUCCGUCUGUUACAGCAUCGUGUCUCUCAUGUACUUUGUGGGGUUUUUGCUGGGCAAUAGCACAGCCUGUAACAAGGCAGACGAGAAACUGGAGCUCGGGGACACGGUUGUGCUGGGGUCGAAGAACAAGGCUUGCAGCGUGGUCUUUAUGUUCCUGUAUUUUUUCACAAUGGCCGGCACGGUGUGGUGGGUAAUUCUCACCAUUACUUGGUUCUUAGCCGCGGGAAGAAAGUGGAGCUGUGAGGCCAUCGAGCAGAAAGCAGUGUGGUUCCACGCGGUUGCCUGGGGCAUGCCGGGUUUUCUGACUGUCAUGUUGCUCGCUAUGAACAAAGUCGAGGGGGACAAUAUUAGCGGCGUUUGCUUCGUCGGCUUGUAUGAUCUGGAUGCCUCUCGGUACUUUGUCCUCUUGCCCCUGUGCCUCUGUGUGUUUGUGGGGCUGUCUCUCCUUCUAGCUGGCAUCAUUUCCUUGAAUCAUGUCCGACAAGUCAUACAGCACGACGGCCGAAACCAAGAGAAACUCAAGAAAUUCAUGAUUCGAAUUGGAGUCUUCAGUGGCCUGUAUCUCGUGCCCUUGGUGACACUUCUUGGUUGCUAUGUCUAUGAGCUCGUGAACAGGAUCACCUGGGAGAUAACUUGGUUCUCCGACCAUUGCCGCCAGUACCGCAUCCCGUGUCCUUAUCAGGCAAACCCAAAAGCUCGACCAGAACUGGCUCUAUUCAUGAUCAAAUAUCUGAUGACACUAAUUGUUGGCAUCUCUGCGGUCUUCUGGGUUGGAAGCAAAAAGACCUGCACGGAAUGGGCUGGGUUCUUUAGACGAAACCGCAAGCGAGACCCCAUCAGUGAAAGCCGGCGAGUGCUGCAAGAGUCCUGUGAGUUCUUCCUGAAGCACAAUUCUAAGGUGAAACACAAGAAGAAACACAGCAAACCAGGGACGCAUAAGCUGAAGGUCAUUUCCAAGUCCAUGGGAACCAGCACAGGAGGGACGGCAGACCACGGCACCUCUGCCAUGGCCAUCGCUGACCAUGACUACCUAGGACAGGAAACUUCCACAGAAAUCCAGACCUCCCCGGAAGCAUCCGUGAAAGAGGCGAGAGCAGACAGAGCAAACACCCCCAGAGCGAAGGAACAGGACUGUGGAGAACCUGCUUCCCUGGCAGCAUCCAGCUCCAAGCUCCCUGUGGAACAGAAUGACAGGAAAGGCCGAGAUGGCAGUGUGAAGGAAAAAAGCGUUGUGUCGGAAGGGGCUCCAAGUGAAGGAAGGGUAAGCCCAAAGAGCGAUGCCACUGAGACUGGCCCAGUGAAGUGCAACAGUUGGCAGGUCCCCAGUUCUUCAGAGGCGAGCAGCCUCAAAGGUUCCGCCUCUCUGCUGGUACGCUCAGCCUCCGGAGUUAGAAAAGAGCAGGGUGCAGCUGCUCAUUCAGACACUUGAAGAAACAUUUUAUCCAAUGCAUUUGUCUCUUUUACAAAACCACAGCUGGCGGGGAGACUAACAGAGUGGUAGAGCCCUCACCCUGAUAUUUGAGGACCUGGGCUCAUCUCCCAACACUGCAGAAAGAAAAUCAAGGUUACAUUCUUCUUUGCACUUAAACUAGCUUUGUCUACUGUCCAGUUGUUUGUUUGUUGUUUGAGACAGGGUUUCUCUCUGUAGCCCUGGCUGUCCUAGAACUCACUCUGUAGACCAGGCUGGCUUCCAACUUAAAGAUCCGCCUGCCUCUGCCUCCUGAGUGCUGGGGUUAAAGGCAUGCGCCACCACUGCUGGCUUUUUGUCUACUGUUAUACUGGGGGUGGAGGGGAUGCAGAUUUCAAGAAUAAUACAAUGCAUUUAUACCUGGAAAAGAGGAAACAUUCAGGUUAAUAAUAUUUUUGAACUGUAGGGAGUGGGGAGGGCAUUAGAGGAAUCUUCCUUCUAUUUGUGAAGAUUCUUUUAUUAAAGUAUUUUAAGAUGUUAUGCUGUUUCAUUCUUUUGAUAUAAAACCAGGAUUUUUCUUUACUGAAGUAUUUAAAACUCAUCAUCGAACCUUUUAUAUGUAAACAUAUAUAUUUGAAAAUACUUAUGUAUUUGAAAAUUUUUGAAAAUCCUGAAAAAUCGGUUCAAAUAUUUUUAUGCUGUUGUUCUAAUAUUUUGAUAACACUUUGAUACUAUGGUAGCUGUUACACUGAAUUUUUCAGAAACUUGUAAAACAGCAUUCUUUUGUGAGUUUUAUAAGUGUUGACAUUUGAAGAUUUCACAGGUCUUUGAAAGGAGAUGCCUGUGCAGACAGUGUGUCCCUCCUUGAUUGCCCUGCCUCCUACCUUCUGCAUCUUAAAUUAGCAGGUGAAAUGUUAGUUUUAUAAAUUACACCAAGCUACUGAGUUCCUUUUUUAUUUUUUAAGGUUUUGUGACCGCUUAAGAUUGAAUUAUAGAUAUUUAUAGUUGCUCAUAACUUUUUUAUUUUAUUAUUUUUUAUUUUUUUUGAGACAGGGUCUUACCAUGUAAACCCUGUCCUGGAACUCAGUAUGUAGACCAGGCUGGCCUUGAACUAACAGAAUGUCACUCCCUCUGCCUCCCAAGUGCUAGAACUAAAGGCUUCAGCCACCACAUUUAGUUUUCAUUCUUCUUUAAAACUUAAAUUUUUUAGACUACUACAGACACUUUGUAUUGUAUCUGUUUCAGAUGCCAUGCAAAAUUCAUAUCUGCAACAAAACAUGCAAAAGAAACUGUGCUGACAGCAGUAGGGAAACAGACAGUGGUGGAGCCCUGCAUGAACAGAUGUAGUUUGAACAACAUACUUGAAAACACUAAGGAAUUUCUUUAAUUUGUUUCUCAUUAAGUAUUAUUUCUUGAGCAGCAUUUUCUUGGAUGCUUUUGGGCUGUUUGAUCUUCUGCUAAAGUUUAAAUUAAAAUUAUCAUGUACUGUAUGGAAAAUGUUGUAAAUGCUAACUUUUCCACAUUUGUAAACUUUGUACACAAGAACUUUUUUUGUGUGAUCUUUUCAUCAAUAAAAUUUUCUUUGUAUAAAGGAUUGUAUUAUGUGACAAGAUAUUUAA